UGUGUUAAGUUCUCACAAAGUUUCUUAAGCACUUGUUUUUUUUCAAACACACACACACACACACUCUCUUUUGCUUCAUUGUUGUAUAACAAUGGCUUCAACAGGAAAGCUUGAUGUACAAGUGGAGGUCAAGUCUCACGCAGAUAAGUUCUGGCACAGCAUUAGGGACUCUGCCAACAUCUUCCCAAAGGCCUUUCCUGAUCAGUACAAAAGCAUUGAAGUUCUUGAGGGUGAUGGAAAAAGUGUCGGCUCUGUUAGCCUAAUAACAUAUGGUGAAGGUUCACCUCUCGUAAAACACUCGAAAGAGAAGAUUGAAGCAGUUGAUGAAGCAAAGAAGUCGGUGUCUUACAGUGUGAUUGAUGGGGAUCUCCUCAAGUUCUACAAGAGUUUCAAGGCUCAUCUGGUUGUAUCUCCAAAGGGAGAUGGAAGCUUGGUGCACUGGUCCUGUGACUAUGAAAAGGCAAAAGAGGACAUUGAAGCUCCACAUAUCAUCAAAGACUUCGCUGUCAAGAACUUAAAAGAGUUGGAUGAUUACAUUCACCAGGCAUAGGAUUGGAAGUUUUUAAGUGUCUUUUGGAGGGUUAAUCUUAUGGUCUACUAAAUAAUGUGGAGUCUCACUCUGCAGCUAUAGAUCUAAGUUCAUGUUUGUGUGUAGUAAUUUGGUCUACAAUGUCUCUUUUUACUGGUUUGAUCUAUGUACUCUUUGGUUAUCCAAAUAAUAAAAAUUAAAAGAAUAUCAUUAUCUUGCA